AUGGAUAAAAGUAAAGAAUCUGAUCAUAAUCAAGAAACUAUUAUAAUAGAUUGGAUCAAUGAAAUGAAUACAAUUUGGCAUUAUUGCGAAAGAAAAAGUAAAGAUAGAAAAGAUAUUAAGGUGGAUUAUUACUUGAAGCCCAAUACUUACCAAAAAUCUGAUAGAAUAAAAUAUAUUGAUGAAAUGAAUAAUUAUAAAUCUUAUAAUAAAAAGUCUAUAACUAUAAAUAACAACGAUAAAGAUUCUAGUAAUAAUAAAGCUAACAAAAAUGAUACAGAUAGCAAUGAUUAUAAUAGUAACAAAGAUUGUAUAAAAAUUGAAGAAAACAGAAUACUAGAAUUAGAAAAAAAGCAAAAAGAUUCAUUAGUAAAGCAAAAACCUGUUAAAAAGAA